CUCAGAGUCAACUUUUUCUAUACAGUCCACCUUUUCCCCAAACCCCUUAAUCGACCCCCAAGAAAAGACUUGUAAUUAACUGAACACGCAAGCUGCAGUGGGGUGCUUUUCCAAAUGCCUACCUCACGACUAAAGAGCCAAUCACUGCAGCUACAGCCCUGAUCAACAGCCAUCAUGACAAGUAGCAUUGGGGAAGAUUGUAGCAUUUUUGAUGGGUUGAUGGAAGAGGAUGAGAAGGACAAAGCUAAACGCGUGUCCCGUAAUAAGUCCGAGAAGAAACGGAGAGACCAGUUCAAUGUCCUCAUCAAGGAGCUCGGCACGAUGUUGCCGGGCAACACCAGGAAGAUGGACAAGUCCACCAUCUUGCAGAAAAGCAUCGACUUCCUGUGCAAACACAAAGAGAUAGCUGCCCAGUCAGAGUCCAGCGAGAUCAGACAGGACUGGAAGCCUCCAUUCCUGAGCAAUGAGGAGUUCACCCAACUUAUGCUGGAGGCUCUGGAUGGUUUUUUCAUAGCAAUAAUGACUGAUGGUAACAUCCUCUAUGUCUCUGAGAGUGUCACCUCGUUGCUAGAGCACCUCCCGGCGGACCUGGUGGACCAGAACUUGUUAAACUUCUUGCCACUGGGGGAGCACUCUGACGUGUACAAGGCUCUGUCCACACAUCCCACUGUCCCUGAGAGCCUUGGCACGGAUUACCUUAAGACGAAAAACCAGAUGGAGUUCUGCUGUCACAUGCUGCGAGGGACCAUUAACCCAAAGGAGCCCCCCGUUUAUGAAUAUGUGAAGUUCAUUGGUAACUUCAAGUCACUCAGUAAUGUUCCCAAUGUGACCAGGAAUGGUUUGGCAGGGGUGUUACAGCGAUCGUUACAGCCCGCCUUUGAUGACCAGGUCUGUUUUGUAGCCACAGUCCGGCUAGCCAAGCCUCAGUUUAUCAAGGAGAUGUGCACAGUAGAGGAACCCAAUGAAGAGUUCACAUCUAGACAUAGCCUCGAAUGGAAGUUCCUUUUCCUAGACCACAGGGCUCCACCAAUCAUAGGUUACCUGCCUUUUGAAGUUCUGGGAACAUCGGGGUAUGACUAUUACCAUGUGGACGACUUGGAAACACUAGCGAAGUGUCAUGAACACCUGAUGCAGUUUGGUAAAGGGAAGUCGUGCUAUUACCGUUUCCUGACUAAGGGUCAACAAUGGAUCUGGCUCCAAACCCACUACUAUAUCACCUACCACCAGUGGAACUCCAGGCCUGAGUUCAUUGUUUGUACGCACACUGUUGUCAGCUAUGCAGAGGUGAGGGCAGAACAGCGCAGAGAGAUGGGCAUUGAAGAGUCUCCUCCAGAGGUUACUGUGGACAAAAGCCAGGACUCUGGUUCAGAGUCCCAGCUGAACACAUCCAGCCUGAAGGAGGCGCUGGAGCGCUUUGACCGCAGCCAUACGCCCUCUACCUCCUCACGCAGCUCCCGCAAGUCCUCCUCGCAUGUCUCUGACAACACCUGCACCUCAACAGCUUCCAAGCUACACAUGGACACGGCCACGCCCCCUCGGCAAUCGUUGGCCUCCACUGUGGAAAUGACAUCACAUCGUCGCUCAUCUAUCAGCAGUCAGUCUAUGAGCUCUCAGACUACUGGCCAGAGUGUUACUCCAGGGUUAAUUGGCCAACAACAACAGCAGCAGCAGCAACAACAACAACAACAACAACAACAACAGCAGCAGCAGCACCAACAACAACAUCAACAACAACAACAACAACAACAGCAACAACAACAACAGCAACAACAAUCACAGCAACAACAACCACAGCAACUGCAAACAAAUGUACAGCCGGUGAUGGAGUUUUCAGCCCAAGUGAACGCCAUGCAGCACUUAAAGGAGCAGCUGGAGCAGAGGACCAGGAUGAUCCAGGCCAACAUCCAGCGGCAGCAGGAAGAGCUCAGACACAUCCAGGAACAACUGCAGAGAGUUCAGGGUCAAGGCAUACAGAUGUUCCUGCAGCAGCCGGGUGGCACAAUGAAUGUCCAGUUGCCUCAAGUGGGGUCAGUUCAGCAGACAACAACACUGACCAAUCAGGUCCAGCAGACGGCACUAAAUCCCGCCCAUACAGGAACUCAGCAGCUCACCAUCCAACAGCAGCCUGCUUCAACACAGCAAAACCUGCAGCAGCAGCCCAACACCCAACAGCCCCAGCGUCAGCCUCAGCAGUCAGCCCAGGCCCAGGGAUCAGUGACCGCACCGCUCUACAACACCAUGAUGAUCUCCCAACCCGGACCGACCAAUCUGCUGCAGAUCAGCACCAGCCUGCCACAGAACAACACACAGCAAGGCACAGCUGUGGCCACAUUUACGCAGGACCGACAGAUCCGGUUCCCAGCAGGACAGCAGCUGGUGACGAAGCUGGUAACUGCUCCGAUGGCAUGUGGUGCGGUCAUGGUUCCCACUUCAAUGUUCAUGGGACAAGUGGUCACUGCAUACAACCCAUUUGGAGGGCAACAGGGAGGGCAGACCCAGACUUUGACCCUGCAACCUGCCCAGCCACCCCAAGGUCAGUCUGAAACCCAAAACCAGACAACUGUAGUGGCAUCAAGUGGCCAGCAGGGGCAGCAGCAACAGCAGCAAUUCCUACAGGGUACCCGUCUUCUCCAUGGUAACCAGUCCACCCAGCUGAUUCUGCAGGCAGCUUUCCCUCUCCAACAGCAGGGCACCUUCACCCAGGCAACACACCAACAGCAACAACAGCAGCAGCAGCAACAACCACAGCAACAGCAACAGCAGCAGCAACAGCAGAGGCAAUAGCAACGACCGCAACAACAAUCUCACCAUCAGAGGCACCAGCAGCAGCGGUGGCAGCAGCUGAGACUGCAGACCCAGAGACAGCAGAGAGCCCUGCCCUCGCACAGGACUGACAGCGUUGGCACCUGACCGCCAUGAGCUCUGGGGAAUGAAGCAUCCAUUCAAAAUCCUCUGGGGACACUGCUAAAAAUCUAAAGUCUAAAGGGUUGUUGCGUGGAUUUCGUUUCGCUUGUGUGGCUGUCACAAACUUGCUAUCUUCCCAAGAUGUUGUCCUCCCAUCCUGCACCUGAAACAAUGAAACCAUAGGAAAGAGGAAAGGCUUUGAGCUGACGAGGAACUCGUGUCACCAUGGCAACGGCACGGACCAGAACCACCUGUUUUUUUCAGCCCGCAGGCGAGUGGGAGCACCACUGCCUCCCUGGAAAACCUGACAAGACUGCUUAGAGACACCUUAUCACCACGGUAACAAGAGACUCAUUCAAAGGUGUGUCACAUCGGACUGGUGCUGUACAAAUUUACUGUAUGAUAAAAACUUGUAAAUAUCCAGUAUAGCUUAACAGAAAAACAGAAAUGUAGUAUUUUAUAUGAUUGCAUGGAAAAAAUAACUGUGUAAGCUUUUAUUAGUCGCUUUUGAAAAAUGACUUUUUACUUUUAGUGUUUUCUGGUUAAACACGGAGCAAUGAUUGGCCCUCUCAGACCUCUUAUGUCACCCUCCUGUUAAAGUCCAGAACGAGGCUUUAAAGUCACUUCAGAGUUCGUUUUAAAAAAUGGUUGGGCUUGGGUGUUUUGUGGAAGUCGUGUUUUUAAACACUGUCUCAGAGACAAAAAUGACUCUUUGUAACUUUUUAAGUACAAAUCAUGUUCGACAGGAAACAAGAUAGUUUAAAAUAAUGCUUUGCAGGAUGAUCACUGUACGUGUAACGGGUUUAGUGAUUCCAAGUGCCAAUAACAACAUUAAUGUCAAUUGAUUUUUUUUUCCUGAAGGCUAUUCAUAUGAGUAUAUAUUUUCCAACAAGAUAGUACCCCUAAUAAAGGAUGUGUUUGUGUAUAUAGUAGGGAUUAUUUUUUGAAAGUCAGAGAGCCCUAUGAGUGACAAACAUUAUAGUAUCUCCAACCCCCUAAUAUUAUAGCACUUAAUGUGGUUGUGUACAGUAAAUCACUAUCUAGACCUAGUUAUUUGUAAAGUCCUCGUGUGUGAUUUUGGUGUGCGUGUGUGUUUUUGAGAAUUCACCCUUUUGUGUGCAUGGGGAAGCGUCGGAGUGUGUGCGCGUGUGUGUGUGUGUGUGUAUGUGUUUGCCCCUUGUGUCUUACAAUAAUUGACUUAGUAAGAAUUUGAAGUUUGCUGAAUGGUACUCGUAUUCUCAGGAAUGUAGAAAGGUUCGCUUCUGCCUCAGCCUAGAACCAGACCAUGAAGGGUUGGACAGUGAUGAUGCAGAGACCUCAGGCGUAGAAAGGAAUCAGUCACACCAGGCGCAGUCAAUGGCUCGUGUUUGACCCAGAUUUCUACGGUGCCCUCUUCGUUUAAACCUUUUUGGAGGGGAAACUCCUCCCAAGGAAAGCUAAUCCCCCCCCACCCACCUCCAUUCGGCCACAGGGAAAAUGUGUCGUUCAGAUAUGCAAGAACCCCUCCCCAAACGUGACCGAUGUACACGAAAAGAGUAACUAGAACAGUUAAUUUAUGGUCUCGGCAAACCCCUGGCGGUCUCUCGUGUCAGCAGUGUCUCAUCCUUUCCUCUCUUUCUUAACCUCAGCAGCCCUCACAUGCAGUAAAGUUCAGCUCCCGCUCAGUUCUCAGUCUGCAGUUCAAACCAGGGCUGGGCCCCGGUCCAUUUUAAUUUCACACCGUUGAGUAGAAAUGGAACUGGGCUCCACCCGUGUGCUCUACAGUUAAAAGCCAUAUCAAACCGGAACGUCUCGGAAAUGGAGGAAGUGUAUCAGGAAAAGGAGUAUUUGGAAUGUGUUGCUUUGUCUCAGUGUUGUGGAAGCGAGCAAGCGUGUGUGUGUGUGUGUGUUUCUGUGUUACGAGUGUGUGUGUACACUUUGCGUAAUUGUGUUUGUUGCAAGUUUAUUGUCUCUCCUUGUUGAUUUUAUUUCUUGUAUCACACAGGGGUUAGUAAUGGUUUCCCCUGGCGAUAGCCAAUCAGUUCUCACGUUGCAGUAAAAAGAAAAAACGAAAUUUGUAAUAUUCAAGAAACUUCCUCUCUGGUCGGGCCGAUUAUUGUGAAUGCCCCGGUGUGGGACAGCUCAACUUGAAUACGUAUUUGUUUGAGAGCAUGUGUAAGUAAGCGUGUAUGUUAUGUGUGUACGUAGAUGGAAUUACUGUAACCCAUUUUAUUUUCAUAUGGACGUAGAUUCUUGACUGGAGACACAAAGAUGUUCGGCGAUUCAGAGCGUAGGUCACCCGUCUGCCUAAAAAAAAAAUUAUUUUUUGUUUUUUUGUUUUUUGUUUUGUUUUACACAGACUAGCUGCCCAAAAAUACUCACACCAAUUUGACCAGCUUCAAAUAGUAUCAGCAUUCCUCCUACCAGAGAUGGCAAAGCCAGGUCCAGGAAGUACAAAUCCGAACCAUGUAUUUCUUCCACCCGUGUACUAAAUCAGCUGAUUUCAUUACCCUAUCAAGCUGAAGAGUGGGGUUGAUUAGAAUCAAUUGGUUUAGCACUUGGGUGGAGCAAAUACGUGGGCAGGAUUUUUACUUUCUGGACCUGGAUUUGCCACCUCUGCUACAUAAAUUUUUUUGGUAAAUUUAGCUCAGCAUGCACUGUAAUAUUUGGAAAUGGAGACUUUUCCCCUGGGAUCUAUUGGGGGGUGGGGGGGGUGUCAAAAUGGGACAAGUAAAGAUGGUGUGCAGUGAGGAACCUACUAUUUGAUCCAGGUUUUAAAAAAAACCCAUCCCACCUCAAAUCCAGAUCCCCCGCUCUGUAGCUUGUGUGUAAAGUAUUGCUCUAAAGAGUGAUGUUGAAUUGUUAAUAUUGUGAGUAAACUGCCACUGAUACCCAGCCCAAAGAAUGUAAAGGUGUUUUAAAGAGACUAAUGGAGGUUGUAAAUGUUGAAUAUAGAAGAAAAAGGACCCUUUGAAAGGAUUUAUAAUGAAGGAAGGACAGGCUUUUAAAAAGAACGCCACAUUUCUCCCCGCAGCGAUCCAACAAAUGCAAUCCGGUAUUCAAUAUUCAAAUUUGUUCAUUGGCAUUGCAUUUUAUUUUAUUUUUUUAAACGUUUUCAAGCCCUCUGAAUGUUUCACCGAUGCUACAACAAACCAGUUUAUGUUUUCAACAUGUUUGUCUUUGCAAAAAUGCGGGGGGCGGGCGGGGGGGGGGGGGAGAGAAGCAUGAAAAAGUUUGAUUUGAGAAACAAUUUCAAAACAUUUUGGGUGUAGGUUAUUUGGAAUGAAAUGCCAUUGACAAGAGAAGUGAAGUAACGGCACCCCUUACACACACACGCACACACACACGCACGUACACACACACACGCACACACACACACACACACACACACACACACACACCUAUUUGCUCCACUGCCGUGGUUCAUAGAGAACAUACUUCUGUUAUAAUACUACACACAUACGCCAGACCAACAAUAUUAGUAUUCCGUGUGAAAUGGUGCUAUGCUUUACUGUACGUUUAUGUAUGUAUAAUCCCUUUUUCUGCUCAUGAAAUUGUGCUCCUUUUAUCUACCCCGAAGUCAAAACAUAAUAAUGAACAUCUUACCGUGAAAUAUUUGCUAUUAUUAUAAAUCCUUGCCCCUUCCUGCCCCUUCCUUGGUCAAUUUGAAAAUAAAACCAAUUGCAAACAUUAUACGAUUAA